AUGGUGGCUGCUUUGUUGCGUAUUCCGUUGGCGGUUGCCGCGUGGGCGAAAGAAUCUCCGGCCGCAUUGGUCCUCGGCGCAGGCCGCAUGGCCCCAGAUUCAGCCAUGUCGCCAAUGUUUUCCAGGAAGGAAGUCAGCCUAAAUGUCUUGGCGCUUGGAACUGGUGGAUCGAAGCGGAAAGGUAACAUUCCGCCGCCACCAUCAGCUGCGCAGGAAUAG